AAUAAUAAGGUUGAUGAUGACGUGUACACCUUCAUCUUUUUCCUCAUUGCUCUUUCUUUUCCAAAAAACAUUCACUUCUCACAUUCGGAUCACAGAGAGAAAGAGAGUGAAAGAUAGAGAUAGAGAGAGAAACACAAAACUCUCUCUCUUUUCCUUUCACUUUCUUUUUUCAUCACUCUCCUUCAUGCUUCAUUUCUGACCAAGGGUUUUGAAUUUGGGAUCACAAACAUGAAUUACAAAAAUGGUGAAUUGGCUCAGGGAUUUAGUGAUAUUUCUAUUCCCUCUCCUAAGCCUCAGCUUCAGCCUGCACCACCAGAUCAUCUUUGUUCUCAUAGUAGAAAUGGCAAUAAGGUUUUCAAGAGUGGGCCGCUUUUCAUAUCUUCCAAAGGAAUUGGAUGGACAUCCUGGAAGAAAAGGUGGUUUAUUUUAACACAAACUUCACUUGUAUUCUUCAGAAGUGAUCCAAAUGCUGUUUCUCAGAAGGCAAAUGAACUGAAUUUGACUCUUGGUGGCAUUGACCUCAACAAUUCAGGCAGUGUUUCUAUCAAAGCAGAUAAGAAACUUUUGACUGUACAAUUUCCUGACGGUCGUGAUGGACGAGUAUUUACACUUAAGGCCGAAACUAUUGAGGAUUUAUAUGAAUGGAAAACUGCACUUGAGAAUGUUUUGGCACACGCACCGUGUGCUCCUAAUGCAAUGGGGCAAAAUGGUAUCUUUGGGAGUGAUCAGGUUGAUUCACUCGAAAAUUAUUUGGACCAGUUGAAGGAUAGAGAAACAGUAAAACAUGCAGUCCUUGGCCGGCCAAUUUUACUUGCUUUGGAGGAAGUUGAUGGAACUCCAUCAUUUUUGGAGAAAGCCCUGAGGUUCAUAGAAGAGCAUGGAGUCAAAGUAGAGGGGAUCUUGCGACAAGCAGCUGAUGUUGAUGAUGUUGAAAAACGAGUGCGGGAAUAUGAACAAGGUAAAGUUGAAUUUUCUGAGGAGGAGGAUGCACAUGUUGUUGCUGAUUGUGUUAAGCAUGUAAUCCGUGAACUUCCAUCUUUUCCAGUCCCAGCAUCUUGUUGCAAGGCAUUGUUAGAAACUUGUCGAACUGCACGUGUGAAUAGGGUUUCUGCUAUGCGUGCUGCAAUAUGGGACACUUUUCCUGAACCAAACCGCCGUUUAUUGCAAAGAAUACUCUUGAUGAUGCAAAUGGUAGCUUCUCGGAAAGCUGAGAACAGAAUGAGCACAUCGGCUGUGGCAGCAUGCAUGGCACCAUUACUUCUUCGUCCCCUUCUAAUUGGGGAUUGUGAAAUUGAAAAUGAUUUUGAUGUAGGCGGGGAUGGUUCCAUUCAACUUCUUCAAGCAGCUGCUGCAGCUAACCAUGCUCAAGCAAUUGUGAUUACUUUAUUAGAAGAAUAUAACAGCAUAUUUGAGGAAGAUUCGAUGUCUCCCGGUCCUGAUAUGUACAUGGACUCAGAAGAUGAUGAAUCUGAGAGUGAGGAGGGUACUGAUGAUGAUUUGUCCUAUGAUGAUGAUUAUGAUGAUGAGCAAGAUGAAUCAAUAGAGGGGUCAGAUGUAGAUGCAAAUGAUGAUCUUGUUAGUGAAACCAACAGCGAGACUGGAGACUCUGCAGUCAAUGAUGAAUAUGAUGAUAAGGACCAUAAUCUUUCUUAUUCAAGUUCAAAGUCCUCAGAGGUAAGUAAUUGUCUUGAAGUCGACCAAAUGUUGUCAACAAUAUCACUUGAAGUCUCAUUGCCUCAAUCUGAAGAUAUCAAAAGCUGUGAAAAUAUCGCAAGCCAAAAUGAGACUGCUUGUGCAGAUGAGUCCAACAAGCCCUGUGAAAAUUUUCCAAGCCAAAAUAAGACUGCUUCUGUAAAUGACUCCAAUAAGCCCACCAAUAUAAUUGAAGGCUUAUCCACCGACCAAACAACAAUGAAUAGAUCAAAUUAUCCCAGCUCUUUACCAUGUAUGACCAAAUCUAUAACUAUAUCCAAUGGCCAAAUAAAUCGGCGCCAAAAUGUUUUGGGGAGAAACUCUGGAAGCAAGAAUCUUUCGAUGGAAUCCAUUGAUUUUCUAGACGUAGAUGAAACUGAAGUUGAGAGGCUUGAAGCUGUAAAAACAGAAUUGCAAAGCCAAAUUGCAGAGGAGGUAAAAGUAAAUGCAAAGCUGCAAUCUGCUGUAGAAACACGAAAGAGAGCCUUGCAAGAACGACGUCUGGUUCUUGAGAAAAAUGUGGAUAUACUACAGGAACAGUUGCUAAAGGAGAAGAGUUUUAGGGCAACUCUCGAAGCAGGACUUAAGUUUCCUCCAGAGACAUCGUCUGAAUUAUCUGGCAUUGAUGAAAAGACCAAGACAGAUUUUGAGGAAUUAUUGCUGAUAGAAGCAGAUCUAGACAACUUAGAAUGGAAGGUUAACGAGCUUGGGGAGCGGCUUAAUGCACAACUUGAACGGAAUUAUGGUUCCAUGCAGAAUUUCUGUGAUCAAGCCCAACAGAUGUCAAACCAUGAAAGAGAUUUGAAGAAUAAGCCAGAUACUGAAGUUGCAGCUGUUUCAGAAUCUGACAGAUCAAUAAGAAAGCAGGACAGUCAUUUUGGUGGAGCAGAAAAUGAGAAUGAGAGAAAACCAGAAUCAACAUCUUUGCCAAACAAAUAUCCACCUAGUUCCAAGAAGUCUCUUACAAGGAUUGAACAGGGAGAGAAUUUCUCUGGUUCUGCAUUUACAAGACUGACAUCCAAACUAAACUUUUUGAAGGAUCGCCGAAGUCAGUUUUCAAAUAAUCUCCAAAAUAUAGCUAAAGGAAAAGGAUUUGAACUUCAGCUACCACCUCCAUCUCCCAACAAGGCUCGAGGAUAUGAGUUUCACAUACCGCUUUUUUCCCCAAAUAAGUAUCGAGGAUAUGAGUUUCACAUACCCCAUCCAUCUCCAAAUAAGUCUCGAGGAAAUGAACUUCAGUUACGACUUUCCUCUCCCAAUAAGUCUCGAGGGUGUGAAUUUUACAUACCUCUUUUAUCUCCAAAUAAGUCUCGAGGAUCUGAAAGUCAUUCUCCAUCAAACUCUGGGAAAAGUAGAGGCUAUGCAGAUUAUUCACCUCGACACUCAGAGAAACUUAAAAAGUCAGAUAGCCAGCCAUAUCUCUCAGAUAGGCAGAGCGAAUAUUUACAGGCAUACUUAAAAAGAGGACUGUCGGAAGGGCAUCAUUAUCAGCCUCAUGAUAUUGAUAAAGGUUAUUUAUUUUGAGGCCAAUAUAUUUUUACAUAUCAAAUUCCAGAUGAUAGGAAGCCUCUGCAAUUGUUCAGCAUUGUUUCUUUUGUCCAAGUGGGGCAUUGCUAUGCCUUCAACAAUGUUUUGUGUGGUUUAUGAAGUACAGCAAGAUAAGGAUCCUUCCAUGUUAAGGCCUAUACUCAAAGAAGCAGAAUUGUAUGUAAUUGUACCUCAAAAUACAGGAUAUAUAAGGCACAGUUCAACCAUCUCCCAUGACAUAAGCCAAACUAUUUAUUUAUUACAUAAUAACAUGCUGAUUUUUGCUGGCUCCUUGACAAGCAUGAUGGUUUUGUUAUUACAUUACAACUGCAUUAAUAUUUACUUGUAUGGCCUUAGCUGGCAUUUGCAGAUUUAGUCCAAUUCCAUUUGGUCUGAAAUCAUAGAGCACAAAUUGCAGAGUGUAUGAAUGGCAUGGUGUGUUCAUGUUACAAGUUUUGGGCAAAUAUUAUGGGAUCUUCGAUAGGGAUGAAAUUUUAAGCAUUAUGAAGCUUUUAGUCAUAUGUUUUUAUA